AUGGUCAAGAAAAAGGAUGGUAAACCCCGAUUUUGUAUAGAUUUCCGAAUUGUUAACAAUGUCUCCGUUAAAGAUGCCUAUCCGUUGCCUUAUAUUUCAGGAAUUUUAGACAAGUUGAGAAAAGCCAAGUAUAUAUCCACUAUUGAUUUGAAACAGGGUUAUUGGCAGGUACCGUUAGCCCCCGAGAGUCGACCGAUCACCGCAUUUACCGUCCCUGGCCGUGGGCUGUUCCAGUUCAAAGUAAUGGCUUUUGGUCUGCAUUCCGCACCGGCAUCCUUUCAACGUCUUUUAGACCGAGUUAUUGGCCCUGAGAUGGAACCAUAUGCAUUUGCGUACUUGGAUGACAUAGUAGUUCUUGGAGAGACAUUGGACGAACAUCUUGACAACCUAAGGAAAGUUUUCCACCGCCUCAGGGAGGCCAACCUGCAAUUAAAUCCGGAAAAAUGUGAGUUUGUAAGAAAAUCAUUGAAAUAUCUGGGACAUGUAGUAACCGAGGACGGCAUUUGUACCGAUCCUGAUAAGAUUUCAGCCAUAAAUGAGAUGCCUGCACCGAAAUCCGUACGAGAAUUGAGUUUCCUUGGUGUUGCUUCAUGGUACCGAAGAUUCAUCGAAGACUUCUCCAAAGUUGUGACUCCGUUGACCGCAUUACUCAAGAAGAAGCAAACCUGGAAAUGGGAGACCGCCAAACAGACCGCUUUUGAGACCCUGAAACAGAAAUUGACCCACUCACCGGUAUUGGCCUGUCCGGACUUUUCAAAACCGUUCGUCCUUCAAACCGAUGCAUCCGAUGCAGGACUGGGAGCUGCCCUGACACAGACCGUUGAUGGACAGGAAAAAGUAAUCGCUUAUGCUAGCAGGACCUUGUCAGGUCCAGAGAAAAAUUACUCUGUUACAGAAAAGGAAUGUCUGGCAAUACAAUACGACAGUCUAUCCAGAAAUCCGUUACCGACCACCGAGACUAUAUGUCUGACCGAGGAGACAGUAAGUUGUAAAUGGUACCGAAAGAAAUUGGCUGAGGUAAGAGCGAGUCCCGCAGCGUUUCCCGAUUACAGUAUUGUGUCCGGAAAAUUAUACCGCCAUUUUUGGGAUGCUGAUGAUUUUACCGAGCCUGAAUUCCGCAGUCCUUGGAAGCUAUGCGUUCCAAAGGACGACCGAAUAGAUAUUUUACAGGAAAACCACGACCGACCGACCGCUGGACACCUGGGGAUAGCGAAAACCAUAACCCGUAUAGCCCGAAAUUACUAUUGGCCAGGAAUGUUCAAGGAAAUAGCCCGAUAUGUCCGUAAAUGUGGUACGUGUCAGAGAUACAAAGUUCCGCAACAGAAACCCCCUGGAAAAAUGCAUCCGUAUGUGGUAAGAGAACCUUGGGAUACCGUUAGCACCGAUAUUGUGGGACCGCUUCCUCGUUCGAGAAAGGGAAAUUGUUAUUUAGUUGUGAUGCAGGACCGAUUUUCGAAAUGGGUGGAGGCCAGGCCCCUGAGAAGAGCAACCGCAAAUGGUGUGUACCAGGCUUUAUAUGAGGAUGUAAUCCUGAAGUUUGGAUGCCCGAAAACCGUGGUCAGUGAUAAUGGUUCACAAUAUGAUAGCCGAUUGUUCAAGGGAAGUCUGCGAGACCUUGGGAUCCGACAUUGUUUAGCACCAGUAUAUUCUCCCCAAUGUAACCCCGUAGAAAGAGUCAAUCGUACCCUCAAAACAAUGAUAGCCCAGUUCUGUGAAAAGGAUCAGCGUACCUGGGAUGAGCAUCUGAAGGAAUUGACAUUCGCAAUAAACUCUGCAAGGCAGGAGUCGACCGGAUACACCCCAGCGUUCCUGAAUUUUGGUAGGGAGAUGCCGUUUUAUUUUUCUUGCACACGGCAGAGGGGAGUGUGA